CCCGCAAAAUAGCGCCCCCCAAAGAUUCUGGUGCCCUAGGCCAUUGCCUAGGUCGCCUAAAUGGUAGCACUGGCCCUGGUUGGAAGUGUAUUUCAAACGAUUUUGUAGUUUGAAAGAAGUAGCUGUCUCGAAAGUCUGAUCUUCUUCCAACAAAAUUAGCACAUUCUACUGCCUAAAUGUUAAUGUUAAUUCUUUACAGACUUGUCUGUGGUUAGACAUUUGUCCUGAAAUUUCUUGCUGGAGUAAGUUCACCAGUGACAACACUAGAGUGCACAAGACAAUGAUAGUUCCCAGCAUUUUAAGCACCAGGUCAUGUAGAACUUUUUAGGCAGAAAAUUAGCUGUAGCCUAGAGACCUGUCUCCCCAGGCACUCCUACUUGUGGAGCUGCACCAACAUUAGCAACGGUGGGGAAAUUUUAGAGAGAAGAGGUGACAGUAGGCACAGUCUAACCAAGUGAAUGUUCCCUGUGGAAGCAUAUUGCUCAAUUUUGGCCUCUUCCACUUUAUAUCAAGGAUUAAUUAGCAGCCUGACAAAUUAUACUUUUCACAGCAAAGCUUGUGGUUUUGUCAUGUAUAUUUUAGGAUUUAAUAACACUAUCAGCCAAGAAGUGAUGGGUGCAGUAAAUUUCAGUAGUAGACCUGCAUCCUCCAGAGCAUUUUUAUGGCUAUUAUACUGCAUUUAUUUUCUCUCCUCUUGCAAACCCAUAUUGCAGUGACUCUCUGGAGCCUCUGGGCAUUGCUCCUUGAGCCUGCAGGAGGGGAUUACUAAAGGAGAGACAGACACAUAUGAGGAAAGCAUUACUGUAAAAACCAUAAGGAAGAUGUGGAGGAUUCUUGCAUUUAGAUGUCAAUUUUCUUGAAUUGCCUGAACAUCCAGCAGGUUUACAAAGUAUUGGUCUCCGUUGGUAGAAAUGAGUGGUUUGUCUUCAGGCGAUAUGCUGAGUUUGAUAAACUGUACUACACACUGAAGAAACAAUUUCCCACCAUGAACCUGAAGAUUCCAGCUAAAAGAAUAUUUGGUGACAAUUUUGAUCCAGAUUUUAUUAAACAGAGAAGAGCAGGACUGAAUGAAUUCAUUCAAAAUUUAGUCAGACAGCCAGAGCUAUGCAACCACCCGGAUGUCAGAGCAUUUCUUCAGAUGGACAAUCCAAAGCAUCAGUCAGAUCCAUCUGAAGAUGAGGAUGAAAGGAGCAAUCAGAAGCUAAACUCUACCUCACAGAAUAUCAACCUGGGACCAUCUGGAAAUCCUCACGCUAAGCCAACAGACUUCCACUUCUUGAAAGUUAUUGGGAAAGGCAGCUUUGGCAAGGUUCUUCUUGCAAAACGAAAACUGGAUGGGAAAUUUUAUGCUGUCAAAGUACUGCAGAAAAAAGUUGUUCUCAACAGGAAAGAGCAAAAACAUAUUAUGGCUGAACGUAAUGUACUGUUGAAAAAUGUGAAACAUCCAUUUUUGGUUGGAUUACAUUACUCAUUCCAAACAACAGAAAAGCUUUACUUUGUUCUGGAUUUUGUUAAUGGAGGGGAGCUGUUCUUUCAUUUACAAAGAGAGCGCUCCUUUCCUGAACACAGAGCCAGAUUUUAUGCUGCUGAAAUAGCCAGUGCAUUGGGCUACUUGCACUCCAUAAAUAUUGUAUACAGGGAUUUGAAACCAGAGAACAUUCUCCUAGACUCACUGGGACAUGUUGUCUUAACAGAUUUUGGACUCUGUAAAGAAGGGAUUGCUAUCUCGGACACCACAGCAACCUUUUGUGGGACACCAGAAUACCUUGCCCCAGAAGUGAUCAGAAAACAGCCCUAUGACAACACAGUAGACUGGUGGUGCCUUGGUGCGGUUCUUUAUGAAAUGCUUUAUGGGUUGCCUCCAUUUUACUGCCGUGAUGUUCCUGAGAUGUAUGAAAAUAUUCUUCACAAACCUCUAUAUGUGCGCCCAGGAGUCAGUCUUACAGCCUGGUCUAUUCUGGAAGAACUCUUGGAAAAAGACAGGCAAAAGAGACUUGGAGCAAGAGAAGACUUUCUUGAAAUUCAAAGGCAUCCUUUCUUUGAAUCUCUCAGCUGGGCUGACCUUCUCCAGAAGAAGAUUCCACCACCAUUUAAUCCUAAUGUGGUUGGCCCAGAUGAUAUAAGGAAUUUUGAUGCAGCUUUUACAGAAGAAAUGGUUCCUUAUUCAGUUUGCAUUUCCUCUGGUUAUAACAUUGUAAAUGCCAGUGUGCUGGAGGCAGAUGAUGCAUUUGUUGGAUUUUCUUAUGCACCGCCUUCUGAAGACUUGUUUCCCUAGGAGGUUAGGAGCCGACAGAUGCUGCACAAGUACAAGUCUGAAGAUGGACUGAAACAUGAGUGUGAACAUAGUCCAGAAUAUCUGUAACUAGUGCCUCAUUUUAUAUGUAGGGUUGAAACCAAUGAACAAACAUUUUCUGCUGUAUAUGAGGAAAUUGGGCAUUUCAGAUGGCUUUCUUUGGGAUUUAAACUGUUAUACCUGCUGCAUAAAAAUAUUUUUAAAAUGAAGAUCUCUAAAAGCUGUUCCUUUACAUUAAUCUGUUUUUAAGUAAACACACUGCUUUUUUUUCUCCAGGUUUACAUUAAUACCAAUCCAGGAUUUGGUUGUCUUUCAGCAGCAGCAAACUUAGCACAUUUAUAAAUGCCUUUGUAACUAUUUACAGUGACUUUGUGCUUGAAUUGUAACUAUGCAAUUGUCUUUUUGUAUAUCAUUGUUUAAAAAAAGAUAAAUAUUUCCCCUGUUAUAUCA